AUGAACCGACACAACAACAAUCAGCGAUCACUAUUUAUACUAUUGAUAACAAUAUUAUUAUUGUUUAUCAAUAAUGAUCAACAUAUGGUAGAUGCAUUAAGAACAGGUGAUUUAAUAAGAUUCUCAAAAAAGAGUAUUCAUGAUAUGAAAUCAACAGAAUGGACAGAUAUAAAGGCAAAGUUUUCACCUAGAUUCAAGAUUGAUAAAACCAUUACCCUUUCAUCACUUACCUCUGUCGAUUUGACUAAAGAUUCUUUAUACAAAAUGAGUUUUUCCUUUUUCGAUAAGUUUACUACGACAUGGAUCACAGUGGCUGAUGGAAAUGGAACAUUUUUAAAUCAUAUCGAAUUUAAUCUAUACUAUGCAAACGAUGAUUUAAUAGAUGUUAAAUUUACUUUGGAUUAUAAUGAUGAAGAGAUUCAUAGAGGAAUGAAACCAGAUCAUUUCUAUCUUAUUUAUAAAUGGCAUCAAAUGAAUGAGCAUGAUAUUCCAACAAGUCUAUUUGAAAAGGUAACCAAAAAGAAAGAACGUUAUAAAUUACAAGAAAAUAAAUCACUUCCAUUGUAUCAAAAUAAUAAUAAUAAUAAUAAUAAUAAUAAUAAUAAUAAUAAUAAUAAUAAUAAUAAUAUAGUUAAAAAUAAUAGUCAACAAUCACCUCAAACAAUGACACCAACUAGGGUAAUAAAUAGAAAUCAAAAUAUUAGUACUUCACCAAACUAUAAUAUUUCAGGAUUCGAUAUGAUUAAUGAAAAUGAUAUUGAAGGAUUUAUCAAUGAAUAA